GACGGCUGGGCAGGAAAAAGGAGGUUUCUCUGCAUUUCCUCGAACGCAACCCUUCGUUCGUCCACGGGAUGAGGAGUACAUGACGAAGUAUCCCGACUACACAGAGGAGCAGAACGCGCAGUGGGCAAAGAUGCACAAGCAUUCGGAUCCCGUGGAACGAGCGGAGAAGUUUUUAGACUUCAUUGCGGCACACAAUUACGACACUACCAAAGACAUGGUCGAAACGGGUCCACCGAUAGGCGACUCCGUUCCAGGUGUCAAGCUUCCGAGCGAUGUUGAUUUGAAGCAGGGACAGGUAUCUUUGUUUUAUAACCACUUAUGAUUUCGUGUAUAAGUUUACACAACCGAGUAUGAGUUAUCGACAAAAGCAGGUAGAAGUUUCAUCACGCAUGUUUGAACUUAUCAUGCUCUAUAUACUACUAAUCCGACUAUGUAUUGCUUUUUAUCACAGCCUCUCGUAUUGGACAAAUUCUACCGACUGGGGUGCGUGGUACGGGAUGAAUUGGCUGGAGGUCCAAGUGCCGCGAACAACCUGAACCGGAUUGAAGCUUUGAAAGUUGCGAAAGGAGUGUUGCUUGGUCGUGCCGGGUCCCCAGAAGAACUCGAUACGACUCGUCUGCCAGUGAGCGCACAGCAGCGCUGGCAGGAGUUGGUGGCUGGAGGUGGUGCAGGUGGAGAUCACAAGGGAGGUAGAACUGACGCUUCAAUAACGGAAGAAGAUAGCGACAAUUGGGUCGCGGGCUUAGCACACUCAAAAAUCUGCAACGGCUUCCAGGAAUGCUAUGAUAAGACGAUGCAAACAUACACGGCACUCAAACUUAAAGUGGGGUUAGGAUGAUGAUAAAUAUCUUAGACUUGCGGUUGCGCUAGGAAGGAAGACUUCGGCGUGGCGAAUUACCAAAAAUCAG